UGUGGUAAAAAAUUUGUGAAUUUUCUACAAGUGGAAUACAAAAUCUUGUAAAAAGUGAAUUAUUGUUGUUAUAUUUUUCUAAUUAUUAUCCUGCAUCAUGGAAUUGGACCCAGAUAUUGUUAAAGAAUUUGAACAAUUAGAAGUUUCAUCGAAAAAACCUUCAGAAGAGGACUUAAAUAAUUUCAAUGAAAAUGAGCCACUUAAGGCUGUGAGCAGUAGUGGAAAAAAUAAGUUGCCCUUAGCUAAUCAUUAUACAUAUACUACUAUACCCAAGUUUUUUCAUGCACCACCAGCAGCCAAUGACACUUUAAGACAAAAUUUACGCAAAGAAGCUCAUUCUCUGUUUCUGCAAAAGCGUUCCCAAGAGCUCUUGGACAAUGAAGAGUUAAAUACGUUGUGGUCCAUACUGGAGAAACAUUGUACACAAGUGACACCUUUAGGUCAGCAAUUAAUCGGUUAUGAUGACUAUUUGAAAGUUAUGCAGGCAGUUAGUGUCAAAUGCCGUAAAUAUUUAACGGCCCGUUUGUUUGCCAAACUGCAAUGUCACUCUGGUUAUCCAGGAAAAGUUGAAAUUGUUUCCAUUUUCAAUUACACCAUGCGCAAAGUGUGGCUGACACAGGGACGCAUAGGUCUUUCAUUCUAUGAUGAUGUGGGUCAGGGUUAUUUAAGAGAAAUCGACAUGGAAAACUAUAUCAUUGAUAUUAUACCCACUUUGGCACAAAUCAGCAGCUGUGUCCAACCCUCAUUUCAAAGUUUUUAUGUUUGUACAGUGGUUAAGAAAUUCUUUUUCUUUUUGGAUCCCUUACACACUGGUCGCAUUAGAAUAAGAGAUAUUUUAGCCUCUGGCCUGCUCACCGAACUACUGGAAUUAAGAGAUGAAGACACAUCUAAAGAAUCUCAAGAACACAAUUGGUUUUCUAUGCCCUCUGUACUGACGGUCUAUGGCAACUAUUUGAAUCUCGACAAAGAUCAUAAUGGCAUGUUGAGCAAACAGGAAUUAGCCGAUUAUGGUUCGGGCACUCUUACAUCUGUAUUUUUGGAUCGUGUAUUCGACGAAUGUCGUACAUUUGAUGGUGAAAUGGAUUAUAAAACAUUUCUCGAUUUCGUUUUAGCACUCGAUAAUCGCCAUGAGCCGCAAUCUCUGCAUUAUCUAUUUCGCAUUUUAGAUGUUCAACACAAAGGCUAUUUGACGGCUCAAACAUUACAUUACUUUUUCAAAGGCAUUCAAGAGCAAAUCCGGGCAGUGAAUGCAGAAUCGGUGAAUUUUGAAGAUUUAAAAGAUGAAAUAUUUGAUAUGGUCAAAUCUAAAGAUCCCUAUAAGAUAACACUGCAGGAUUUAAUAAAUUGCGGCCAAGCGGAAACGGUUGUCUCCAUAUUAAUUGAAUUUCACAAAUUCUGGGCUUAUGAAAAUCGUGAAGAAGGUUCUCAUAAUGUUUAAUUUAUAUAUUACUUUUGCUGUUUAAGAACAUAAAUGUUUUUUACUAUUUCUUUUUUAUAAUUUAACAAAAACACAUUCACACAUUUUACUAAAACUAAAGGUGAAUGUUUGCAGGAAGAAAUGGAAACCUAAUGAAAAUUUUUAUAUUUUCAAGCGAAAACAACGAUUUUCACAGUGGUAUAUUAUGUAUGUCCUAUACUCGUUGAUAGCUAGGUGAGGUUACGUACAUGGAAUAUAAUUUCUAUAUAUGUUUUAUUUUUAAUUAUUAUUAUUUUUUUUUUUUUGUAUUUGCCUUUGGUUAACAUUAAACUAUAUUGGUGUUUUUCAUUGAGUAUUUUUAGUACUUAAUUUAGAAUUUAAGAUUUUUUUUUAUAAUUUAAUAAUAGAACAUUUUAUUAAGAAGUUUUAAAUACAUUUAUAAUAAACAAUACAUUUAAUCUUAAUUAAAUGAAAAUUGUAGUGUUAUACAUUUACUCUAGCGUAACUACUAACUCUACUAAUUUCAUAUACAUACUCUGUUUUUAAAAAUUUAGUCAAAAUCGGGAGAUAUUGCGUUUUAAAGUAUAACCUAUUCAUGAUGUGAUUUUUUCUUUUUUUAGAUUUUGAAAAAGUUUUUACGCAUAGACAUACGAACUUAUUAUAAAAAACUAUAUAUGCAUAAUUAAUUAAAAUGAACUCUAGUUUUACUUCCAUAUCCAUAUCUAAACUAAUGAUACAAUGACAAUAUUGGAAACGCAACGAAAUUGCAUGAAAUUAUUUGCUAUAAAACAAUACUAUACUACCUUAUGUAUUUUAGAACGUAAAAAUAAGCAAAUAUUCGUUGCAAUGUUUUGAAACCUUACACGUGUUCAAGAUUUGAAUACCGCAAGUAAAAUUGUUUCCAAACAUUGUAUAGGCAUGUUUCGGAAGUCUGCCUAAAUAUUAGUUUGAUGUUCUCAUUAUUUAUUAUUUCGUUUGUAACAGAAAUUUGUGUUUAAUGUCGUUCUAAUGCGUUAAAAAAAGUAACCUUCCACUCAUUAUUUUGAAAUAUUGCAAACAAAAAUGUAUAAGUUUGGUCAUGGACACGUAUUUUGUAAAUUGCAUUAGAUGUAAUUGAGUAGAUUUGAAAGAUUUUAGUAAAUAAUAGAAUAAGAUAUUUAUUUUUUAUCCAUUUAAUCCUAAAUCUCAUAAUCUAAAAAUUUUACUGAGGUAUCAUUAUGACCAAAGUAAUUGUAGAAUUCCUGAGAACAGCUUAAUAACUUUUAAUAAGAAACUUAACUACGACUAUUUACUAAUACAGCUAUUUCGUUAAUG